AGGGGGCGGGCCCGCGCGGGCCUCGGAGCCGCCCGCCCUACCUGAGAGGAGGUCACGGCGUGGAUCCGCCACCGCCGUUCGGGCUGCGAAGUCUGAGUGCCCGGCUGCCGCCAUGUCCUACUGCCGGCAAGAAGGGAAGGAUCGAAUCAUAUUUGUGACCAAAGAAGACCAUGAAACUCCAAGCAAUGCAGAGCUGGUAGCUGAUGACCCCAACGAUCCGUACGAGGAGCACGGAUUGAUACUGCCAAGUGGAGACAUUAACUGGAAUUGCCCGUGCCUUGGAGGAAUGGCCAGUGGCCCCUGUGGGGAGCAGUUCAAGUCCGCCUUUUCCUGCUUCCACUACAGCACGGAGGACGUCAAGGGGUCAGACUGUGUAGACCAGUUCCGGGCCAUGCAGGAAUGCAUGCAGAAAUACCCGGACCUCUAUCCCCAGGAUGAUGAUGAUGACGAGGACGAGAAGAAGAAGCCAGAAGGUUUAGAGGAAACAGCUCCCACUGAAACUACGACGACCAAAAAAGAGGAGAGCGCAAGCUCAAGCUAAUGAAGGCACAAGACCCUGGGCCCCAGUCCUUCCAUUUCAGGUCGAUGUGGACCUUUACAAACGCCUUUCAGUCACUCGCAGAGGAAGUGUCUUUCCUUCUUCUGUUCUGUGCACUGUAAUGUACACAAUAACUUAUUUUUGAGGAUCAGGGGUCUUGGCCCCUAGUCAGAUACACUGAAAAAAGUAGGAGUUGUAUGUCUGCGUGUCCCAUGUAAACCUGUCGGUAAACGUAGCUGCCACUUUUGAAUUCUCUUUUCUCAGAUUGCCCUGAAUUUUGCCACUUUGAAAUAACGUGCUGAAUAGUCUCAGCAACCAAAAAUCAUCCAGGAGUGUUUCUUGUGAGUGAGCUAAUUUAUCCUAAUCCAUUAUGUCCCUUUUAGUACAUUUCACACCCUUUUGGGAAAUGAAACAAAAAAAAUCUUCUUUUUUAAAGAUGCUGGCAUGGGGCCAUUCCUAAGAGUAGAGACCAGAUUAUCAGAUAACUUCUUUCUCAGAAAUCAUCUUGACCUUGAGCAUGUGAUAACAUCCUGUGAGGUUGUCAUCUACUCCAUCCCUGAUCUGUCUUGGUUUUCGUUUUUGCGUUGAGCUGCAGGUUUUCCGCAUUUGGAAGGAGGAGGUCUGGACUCUCUAAUUUACAGUCCCUUUGUAAGUGAAGGGAAAGGCUGGUUGGCACUGUUCCUUUUUUUUUCCAGAAGCCCUCGUUUGGGGCCUGUGUUAGCACCAGUUCUGUCUCAGCCGAUGCAGAUGCCGUGUUCUGGAGAGGUGGCGACCUAGUUGUUACCAGAGUAACAGCCAAGAGGGAGACUGGUUUGAAUUAAAAGGAAAAAAGAUUUCUA